AUGUCAUUCCUCUGUGUUGUUAUAUCGUUUGGACUAGCCUUGACCGAACGAGUCACAGGCCAACUAACUAUUUCCCGCCCCCCCGCUUCAUCAUGUCUUACACCGGUGACCUUCACUGGUUGUGAUGUGCUAUCUUCAAAGAUUUCCGAAUGUAGCAACCUUCCACCUUCGGCUACCCCAGUCGAGUAUGCGGCAUGCUUUUGCACGCAAGAGGUGUUUAAUGCUAUCAAUGACUGCGAAAGCGAAUCCCGCGUGUGCGCCAGGAGCCCCAAUGAUGAUCACUAUUUUGAUGACUUGCGAACACAGUGGCUCAAGACCUGCGGCCCAAAGAUCACCUUUACUCUGACCACCCCUAUCCUCUCAACCUAUGCAUCUGGCACAUACAGCGAUUCUAGCUGCACAAGUACUGCAAUUUCUGCAUGUCAGAGUGUGCAAUUCCUAACAAGCCAAUGUUCUUCAUCUUACAGCGGUACGACGGCAUCUGGGUAUUACUCAUGUGUCUGUCAGGAGGACGCUGUAUCACAAGCAUCCCUAUCAUUGUGGAUUUGGCGUCUCGACACAGACGUCCACGGUUGCCAGUACAACAACCUCACCAUCACAGCAAACGGGGACGUCCACGUCUUCCUCCUCUCCGACACCGGGGAGGAAUCCGAUCACUGCGGUCCCAACAUCUACAGCUAA